AUGUGGGAGCGUCUGAUACUGCAAUACGCCAACGCUGCUCCUAUCAACGGCAAUCUACUGCUAGAGAAAUUUUUCAACUACAAAUACAAUCCUGAGCACAGAGUGCUGGAUCAUGUGGCAGUUUACACAAACUUGGCAGAAGAGCUGAGAAACUUGGAAUCACCUGUCACUGAACAACAACUCGUUGUGAAAAUUAUCCAAACACUGCCCCCCAGUUUUCGCUCAUUCCGUUCGGCUUGGGACAAUCUACCAAGGAACGAGCAAACAAUAGCAAACCUAACACCAAGACUGGUAAACGAAGAAGCCAUCAGCAGAGCGGCCAACAACGGCGCGAUGGAUCCGACCGAUGCGGCCUUCUUUGCGUUCCACACGCCUAAGGCAGCCGCUUUCGCCGGGGAGAGUGCUGCAAAGACAUCCCCAGGGCAAAGUUUCGACAACGCAGCACACGCGCAAGGGGGAUUCCGUGGCCGCGGACGAGGCCCCUACUUUACGGGUGAAUGGCGAGGACGUGGCAGAGGCAGAGGAGGAAGAGGAGGUAGAGGUGGUGGCAGCUCCAAUCCGCACAACCACUCAUACGCACGAAAAGAUGGACAACAACAAAACGAUCAGCAGCAAAGCAGCCAACAUGCCGGCUCAGUCGUCUGCUUCAACUGCAAUGGAAACGAACACAAAGCUUAUCAGUGUCCAACAAAAAGAGAAGAAGAACGUGGUCAGGCGAGACAAGAAAAUUUCAACAAGAAAAGAGGUCUGGAACGCUGA